AUGCUGAAAAGCCUGCCGUCAGAGGUAGACAAGGUCAAGGACCCUGUUGUCAGCGUAGCAACGGUAGACGUCGGCGUUCAAACAGGACCACCUCGCCAUCUCGCCUCUGGCAUUCUGUACGGAAUACCAGAUAAACCUGAUCAGAUACCAGAUCACUUCUACAAAGCCAUUGGGUUCAAUUAUGGUCGCGGCGGAGGAUCUCAGUUACCCGGGACUAAAGGCUACGCCGUCAGUCUCGCAGACUACGAGGCUCGCUUUGCUUCGGCGUUGAGUAAUUACAGGACUACUCGAAAACACGGCGGGGAGUUUAUUUACUUGCUCCCCGCGGCUUGGGGUGCUGAUGGUGGACAGUCGGAAGGUUUUGCGUACCCUGGAGAUGACAAUAAUUGGACAAGUUGGGAUGAGUUUCUUGAACGGACGCUUGAUGAUGUCAAGAAGUCUGAUAUGAUUGAGGGCCUUGUUGUCGAUAUCUGGAAUGAGCCAGAUUUGAGCUUCUUUUGGAAUCGUUCGAUGGAGCAGUGGUUGGAGCUCUGGACUCGUUCGUUCAAGAAGAUUCGAGAAGUACUUCCAUCCGUUCGCAUCACUGGUCCAAGCAUUUCAGCCAUUCCUUCAGCAUCGCAUGAGUGGUGGUCGGCUUUCCUGUCUCGCUGCAAAGACAGCCUGCCGGAUCAAUGGUCCUGGCACAUGGAGGGCGGUGAGGAAGCAAUUACCAUGGCGAGCUCCAUGGCCUCAUUCCACGAUAUGUUAUCCAAGCACGGCAUCCCUCUCGAAAAAGCGCAAGAUGUGAACAUCAACGAGUAUGCUGUCUAUGGAGAACAGGUUCCUUCUGCAGGAGCAUGGUGGAUUGCUGGUCUUGAGCGAGAGAAUGCACACGGCCUUAGAGGCAAUUGGGCAAUUGCUGGAGCCUUGCAUGACUUUAUGGCUGGUCUUUUGAGUAAGCCGAACGGCAGUGACGGUAGUUAUGCCAUCGAGGGCGAAGGCUACUGGCCGACGGCUGAGUAUCAGGUCUACAAGUACUACGCCUCCAGCAUGAAGGGUCAACGUCUGAAGACUACUGCUAGUUCAGAUGGAUUGCUGGACGUCUAUGCGACUGUUGAGAAAGAUGUUGUGCGGAUAUUGGCUGGUACUCGUUCAAGGCCCGGGAAUUGGUCGAUUGAUGUAGUUGGCUUGACAGAUGAUACGCGAGUCAAGGUCAAGACCUUGGCUUUUCGUGUUGUUGACGGGGAUAGGUUCAAGCGUGUUGAUGGACCGCUUGAUCUUGAGGAGAGGGAGGAGCGCGUGAAGGGAGGGAAGUUGAGCUUGAAGAUGAAGCAUCAGGAUCCUACGACGGCCUUUGCGUUCGAGUUAACGAUUGUAGAGAGACGAUGA